UUUGCGACCACACAUCUGUCAUAAAACAUGACGCUAGGCGUAGCUUCACCAUAUGCAUGCAGCAGACGAUACGACAGGGAACACGCAACAGACGACAACCAAACUAUCAACAUGAUUCUGUUCGUGGCAGUUUUGAUAGGUGUAGCUGAUCUUUCGCUAGCCUUCCCCGAGAGAUACUGCAAUAGCGCUUCAAGCCUCGCCUUGGUAUACCAAUUAAACAAAAUAGAUGUUCAACAUAGUUCAUUCAGCGACUGGAUGAAACUUUGGGAUAUUGACUUGAACGAUAUCCUAGUCAAAGAUGACUUACUUUUCUUGCUAGGAGACAUGUGUGGGAGCCGCAAACUGACGUUUGAGUGGCUGUUCCAACAAAUAGAGAGAUAUUGUCCCCAGCCUAACGGGAUAAGGAGUCUUCUUGAGCCUACCGGCGUCGUGUGUAACCAAGAUGGCACCGUUAGUGAUCUCACAAAGACAGCCCUCGGGACGUUUGGGAAAGUGAACAAGUCCAUUGAUUGUACUUUAAGAUACACUAAUUUACUGAGUAACUGUGAGACUGAUGCCAGGUUCAGUUCAGACUUUCCUGUCUUCCCCGAGCAAACACUGGAAACGGACAUCAUCGAAAAUACAAUGAUUAGCACUGCCGCUAUUCGGUGCGCCUUAACCGGAGUGAGAAGGCUGGCUCCAGAUUGUGGAAGUGUGCAAAACCUCCUGACGUACUCCCUCGUGUCCGAGCUAAUAACGAGACAACCGUUCAAGCUUCGAGGCAACGUAAACUUUCAAACCUUUGCCGACGUCAAGGCUUAAAUCUUUUGCAGAAUGUAGUUUCUCAGACCAGAGGGAGAACAAAACAAAUCUGUAUCAAAAGUUGACUGUAUAAAUAUUUCCGUCGGUCGGGCAUCUUCCUGUAUUACUAUAUGUAUAAUUCAUUUAUGUAAUUACACGGCUCGUUUGAUUGGAUGAAUUUUAUGUCAUCCUGAAUUACACCUGUUUUCCUCACUUGAACAUGUUUCCCUUGGCGUGAUGUCUUGUUUCCCACACGAGGCCGAUUUCAGCUAGCUUAUUGAAAUAAAAAUAAAAAACUUUUGUCAUAUAA